AUGCAGACCACUGCUCUGCCAUCCCUGACCUGCACCGGGGGUGCAGGCAGCACCCUGCCCACUCUGGGGGUGGCACUGAGCCCCCCCAACACCGAUGAAUCACUCUGCAGCGGCUUGUCGCGGAGCCUUCGAGCCCUCCGUGAGGAGGAGGAAGAAAUCGCCAAGAUGAAUCAUCCCCGCGUUCCCUGGGAGUGCUGCACCACGCUGGGGCUGGGGGGGCGGCGACGAGGGCCGCCGGGAGAGCCCGGCCCGCGAGGGCCCCCCGGUCCCCCAGGAGUUCCCCAGGGUGACAAAGGCUCUGCCGGAGCCCCCGGGUCCCCGGGUGCCAAGGGCGAGCCCGGAGCCCCCGGUCCAGAUGGGCCCCCAGGGAAGCCGGGCAUCGAUGGCCUGACGGGAGCGAAAGGGGAGCCAGGGCCCAUCGGCGGGCCCGGGCUUAAAGAAAAUGAGGAGCGGCUCCGGGGCGGGCUUCCAGGCCAGGUUGGGCUUCCCGGAGAGAUCGGAGCACUGGGACCCAAGGGUGACCCUGGACCCGACGGCCCGCGGGGUCCCCCAGGCCCUCCAGGGAAACCCGGCCCCCCAGGACACAUCCAAGGAGAGGAAGGCAGCGCCGAUUUCUUGUGCCCGAUCAGCUGCCCGCCAGGUCCCAAGGGCCCCCAGGGACUGCAGGGACUGAAGGGACACAGAGGCCGCCCCGGCGCCCUCGGGGAGCCCGGCAGGCAGGGCAGGCAGGGCGCCAAGGGUGACGUUGGCAUCUCCGGAGAACAAGGUGUCCCAGGCCCUCCGGGACCGCAAGGCCUGAGGGGUUACCCCGGGAUGGUGGGACCCAAGGGCGAGACGGGUCCUGCUGGUUACAAGGGGAUGGUCGGGACCAUCGGAGCGGCCGGGCGGCCGGGCAGGGAAGGUCCCAAGGGAUCACCUUGGGACCCUGGUGAGAAGGGAGAUCUGGGUGGCCGUGGCAUCAGGGGCCCCCAAGGAGACAUCGGCCCCAAGGGGGAGAAUGGUCUCCCGGGCAUCGAUGGCAAAGACGGCACCCCGGGUAUCCCAGGUGUGAAGGGUGAGCCUGGACCUCGGGGUGAGCAGGGACCGCCGGGUGUCCCCGGGAUGAAGGGUGACCGGGGCGAGCGUGGCCUCGUGGGUCCCCCCGGCGAGCAGGGGAAAGCGGGGCCCAAGGGCGAGCAGGGUCCACCAGGAAUCCCAGGACCCCAAGGCUUGCCAGGAGUCAAAGGAGACAAGGGCUCCCUGGGGAAAACCGGCUCCAAAGGUGGUACUGGACACCCGGGCGUUCAUGGCCUUGCGGGGCUGAAGGGAGAGAAGGGUGAAUCGGGCGAGCCGGGGCCAAAGGGACAGGUGAGGGACUGGGGGUUUUGGAGCGAGUUUUUUUUCGGCGUGCCGGGGAUGCCUGGCCAGCGGGGCAUAGCGGGCCGGGACGCUGGGGACCAGCACAUCGUUGACGUGGUCCUGAAGAUGCUGCAAGAGCAGCUGGCGGAGGGGGCAGUCAGCGCCCAGCGGGCCGGCCUGGGGGGAGGCGGUGCCAUGGGACCCCCCGGACCCCCUGGUCCUCCCGGGCCACCCGGUGAGCAGGGCCCGCACGGACCCAUGGGACCUCGAGGCGUCCCCGGCAUCCUGGGUGCUGCCGGGCAGAUCGGCAACACAGGACCUAAAGCCUGCCUGGGAGCCUCGGCGUACGCCGCCGUGCGCCUGACGGAGCCAGGGGCCGUCAAGGGACCCGUCUACUGA